GGCCUCGAGCGACUUCCGCUUCCGGGCCCCGCUCGGUGGUGUCGGAAAGAGGCGGGGGACGGCGUCGGGGCCCCGUUUCUCCGCAUCGGAGGUCUGGAGAAGCCGGCGGGCCCCGUGCGGGCGAGGGGCCCUCCUCGCCGAGGUCUUCAGUGAAAGUUGGGUGGCUUCAGAUCUGUGGAUGAUCAGCAUCUGCUUUCUUAUUCUCUUGAACCAUGGCUUACCAACUGUAUAGAAACACCACCCUGGGAAACAGUCUUCAAGAAAGCCUGGAUGAGCUCAUCCAGUCUCAGCAGAUCACUCCUCAGCUUGCGCUUCAAGUCCUACUACAGUUUGACAAAGCUAUCAACGCUGCAUUAGCACAGCGGGUCAGAAACAGAGUCAAUUUCAGGGGCUCCCUGAACACAUACAGGUUUUGCGACAACGUCUGGACGUUUGUACUGAACGAUGUGGAAUUCAGGGAGGUCACGGAGGUGGUGAAAGUGGAUAAAGUCAAAAUUGUGGCCUGUGAUGGGAAAAAUACUGGUUCCAAUGCUGCGGAGUGAAGAGGGAUUGGGGUUUCUGGGCCCACAUUGACUUGAUGGGCGCUUCCCGGGGAGGAGCGUGGGCAAAGACUCUGUCGGGAGUUGUUUUAAUAACGCAGACAGAAAUCAUCUUUGCUGGAUCGCCUUGCGGAACUGUCUUAGCGAGAUCCCGCAAGACUCCUCCGGGCUCUGGCUCGGUCAUGAAGAUAACCAAGCUUGCUUUUUUUUAAGAAGAGGAACAAAAAUAAGGAUGAAACAUGCACAGCUGCUUUUUGGUUCAUCAAGGCCAUCAAUAAAUAUUUUAUUUAAAACUUCUA